GCUGGCCGUAUGUACUGCCCGUUUCCUGCAACAGAGGAGAAGGAGGUGGUGUCGAGAGACUUGCAAGAUUCAACAACAUCGCAACCUCAACCAACACCACUAUACAAUGAAACUAUCAUCAAUAAUACCCGCUCCCGAACUGCGCUACUUCACCCUCCUGCUGGUAACGGGUCUAUAUACUCCAGGAAGAGGAGAGAUCACCAGUCUGGAUGCUGGAAACAUCGAUGACAUCCUUAACAAUGCAGGGGUGUCUCUAGUCAACUUCUAUGCAGACUGGUGUCGUUUCAGUCAAAUGCUCCACCCCAUCUUUGAGGAGGCAUCGAAUAUAGUGCGGGAGGAAUAUCCAGACGCUACACAGGUGGUGUUUGCCCGGGUGGACUGUGACCAGCACUCUGAUAUAGCCCAGCGCUACAGGAUAAGCAAAUACCCCACACUGAAGCUGUUCAGGAAUGGGAUGAUGAUGAAGCGUGAGUACAGAGGUCAAAGGUCAGUGACCGCCAUCGCUGAUUUCAUCCGCCAGCAGAAAGUGGAUCCAAUCAAAGAGAUAGAAAAUCUGGAGGAAAUCAGCACUGUAGAUAGGAGUAGACGCACCAUCAUUGGUUACUUCGAAAAAAGGGACUCUGCCAAUUACCGUACUUAUGAGAAAGUGGCCAACAUCCUGAGAGAUGACUGUGUUUUCCUGGCAGCUUUUGGGGAUGUUUCUAAGCCUGAGCGGUUCAGUGGUGAUAACAUAAUUUAUAAGCCAAUGGGAGAGAAUGCUCCUGACAUGGUCUACAUGGGUUCACUCACAAAUUUUGACCUCAGCUACGCAUGGACACAGGACAAGUGUGUGCCGCUAGUCCGAGAAAUCACAUUUGAAAAUGGAGAAGAACUGACUGAGGAGGGCAUCCCAUUCCUGAUCCUCUUCCAUCAGAAGGACGACACAGAUAGUCUGGAGAAAUUUCAGCAAGAAGUGGCUCGCCAGCUUAUCAGUGAAAAGGGUUCUAUAAAUUUUCUUCAUGCCGAUUGCGAUAAGUUCCGGCACCCUCUGCUGCACAUUCAGAAGACCCCCGCCGACUGCCCUGUCAUUGCCAUUGAUAGCUUCCGCCACAUGUAUGUGUUCCCAGAGUUCAGCGACCUCGCGGUUCCAGGAAAGCUGAGGCAGUUUGUAUUGGACCUGCACUCAGGAAAGUUGCACAGGGAGUUCCAUCAUGGCCCAGACCCCACAGACAGCACUCCAGGACAGCAGGAGGAAAAUAUUGAGGUGGCCAGUAGUCCCCCAGAGAGUUCCUUCCAGAAAUUGGCCCCCAGUGAGACGCGCUACACCAUCCUCAGGGACCGGGACGAGCUGUGAUGUCACAACCGCAUCGAGACCCAACCCAGAACCCAGCAGUCAGCUGGUGCCUACCUGGCACUGCCGCUGCCUGUGCAAUGUCUAUUUUCAUAAUUUUUAUUUUAGAUAAAAAAAGUGAGAAGGUGAACCCCCUGAGCCUUUUUGGGGUGGGGAAUGAAGAGGAGCGUUUUUACUUUUGUUUUUGGAGCUUGUAAAUAUGUUUGUGCUCUGUGGGUCUUGUCUAAAUUAAAAACAUGAUUUUUUUUUUUCUUUUUUUUCUUUUGGCCUACAUUUUUGUCUACCCAAGUCCCUUUUUUUGUAGAAAAACAUUGGUACAUUGGUGGCCCUCUUUGUUGGGAACGCAAAUUGAGUUAUGGAUCUUAAGUGCGGGCAAGUGGAAUCAUGGGGGAAAAAAAGAACAAACCUGCAGUCAACCCGUGGUGUUUCACUCCAGUCCUCAACAGAGCGUGCCCAGUGUGUGUGUAUGUAUGUAUGUGCGUGUGUGAGUAUGUGCACAUGUACAUUACAUGUGCUUAUUAGUCUGUAUUCGUAUGUACUGUACUGUUCCAGACUUGUUUAAAUUCACGCUCUCUAAGAUCCAGACUCGCUAGUCUCAUAUCAUCCCAUUCCACCAGGUGAGUGGUCAGGGGCAGGGUUAUGUGGGGGUCGGGUUUAGAGGGGUGGGGAUUAUUUGUAAAUCUGUCAUCUCAGAGGGGACAAGGAAACCAAAAAAAGAAAAGUAAAUUAAAAAACAUUUUACAAGAUUCUAUGUUGUCUGUUUCAUGAAGUGGGUUUCACUUUUGUAAUUCAUAUUUUUUUUCUACUUUUGCACUUUCUAGGUCACAUUACGUCUGUACAUUAAAGGGAUAGUUCACCCAAAAA